UCAGUCUUGUAUGCUUUUGUUAUCCUCCCUCACUCCUCGUCAUUUGCUUUUUAAAAUCUUUUGCGAAAGUUCUCGCAGUCUUUAGUUAUGAAUUUUUAAAAAAACUAUCUAGCAAACAUCAUAAUGAAAGCUGGAGACGACAAUGAAGAAAGAAGAGCUCAGACAAAAUCAGGCUCAUUUGUUCCCAGUGUUGUGUCCAUAAAAAGUGACAAAUCGAUGAAAACGCCUAUUGAGUUACCAAAUGGACAUGUUCCAGAUCAAAGUUUUCGACGGAGAAAUAAUUCACCUGAACCCAGUGUUUUGUCUCUGAAAAGUGACAAAUCAAUGAAAACACCAAUUGAGAUAAAAUAUAGAGAUCCUCCAGGGUAUCAAAGACACCAUUCACCUGAUCCCAGUGCUGUGUCCCUGAAAAGUGACAAAUCAAUGAAAACACCAAUCGAGUUACAAAAUGGACAUAAUCCAGGAGAUCAAAGUUUUAGAGAAAGAUACAAUUCACCUGAUCCCAGUGCUGUGUCCCUGAAAAGUGACAAAUCAAUGAAAAUACCAAUUGAGUUAAAAAUAGGAGAUGCUACAGAGAAUCAAAGGUAUUCACGAACAAAAUAUUAUCAGGAUAUUCUGACGGCUGACAGCCUUCCUGGAAGAUUCAUCCAUCAACAGGAUUCCGAAACCCAUAGACAAAAAAUCCAAAGAUUCAAAUCAAACAUAAAACAGAAACAUCAGUACAUUUUUGAAGGAUUUGCAAAGCAGAGAAACCCAACACUCCUCAAUGAGAUUUACAUAGAUCUCUACAUCACAGAGGGUGGGAAUGGAGAGAUCAGAAAUGAACAUGAAUAUAAAAGGAUAGAAAAAUCUCUGAAGACUGCAGCAACAGCAACAAUACCUAUAAAAUGCAGAGACAUCUUUACACCUUUACCUGGACAAGACAAAGCCAUCAGAACUGUGCUGACGAAGGGAGUCGCUGGCAUCGGAAAAACAGUCUCUGUGCAGAAGUUCAUCCUGGACUGGGCUGAAGAGAAGGAGAAUCAGGACGUCCAGCUCAUCUUUCCACUUCCUUUCAGAGAGAUCAAUCUGAUGAAGGACAAAACACUCAGUCUGUUAGAUCUUCUUCAGCUCUUUUUCCCUCAAACUAAAGAAAUGGAAAUAUCCAGUGACAAAUAUAGAGUGAUGUUCAUUCUUGAUGGUUUGGAUGAAUGUCGGCUUCCCUUAAAUUUCAGAAGGAACGAGACUCUGAGGGAUGCAAACAAAGAGACAUCAGUGGAUGUGCUGCUGACGAACCUGAUUGUGGGGAAUCUGCUUCCCUCUGCCCUCAUCUGGAUCACCUCCAGACCAGCAGCAGCAGAUCUCGUCCCCUCUGAGUGUGUCCAUCGAGUGACAGAGGUACGAGGCUUCAAUGACCCUCAGAAGGAGGAAUACUUCAGCAAGAGAAUCAGUGAUCAGAGUCUGGCCAAUACAAUCAUCUCACACCUGAAGUCCUCCAGGAGCCUCUACAUCAUGUGCCACAUCCCAGUGUUCUGCUGGAUCUCAGCCACUGUUCUGGAGAAGAUGUUGAGUGAAGCAGAGACUGCAGAGAUUCCCAAGACUCUCACUCAGAUGUACACACACUUCCUGAUGGCCCAGAUCAACAUUAAAGACAUGAAGUAUACUGAAAAAAAAGACAAAGACAUUAUCUUCAAGCUGGGGAAACUGGCGUAUGAGCAACUGGAAAGAGGCAAUAUAAUCUUCUAUGAGGAAGACCUGAGAGAGUGUGGCAUUGAUGUGGCAGAAGCUUCAGUUUACUCAGGAUUGUGCACUCAGAUCUUCAGAGAGGAGUUUGGCUUGUAUCAGGAAAAAGUCUUCAGCUUUGUUCAUCUGAGCAUUCAGGAACAUCUAGCGGCUCUAUAUGUGCACCUCUCCUUCCACAACAAUGGUGAAAAUGUGCUUGAAGCACAGGAAUACAGAAAGCCAGGAACAAUGUUGAGCUUACACAAAUGUGCAGUUGAUAAAACUGUACAAAUUUCAAAUGGACGUUUUGAUCUUUUCCUUCGUUUCCUCAUCGGACUUUCACUGCAGUCAAAUCACAGCCUCCUAAAAGAUCUUUUGGGGAAGAAGCCAGGCAGCUCACUGAAAAUAGAACAAACUACCGACUAUCUUAAGGAAAAACUCAAAUCAAUCCCUUGUUCAGAAAGGGCUCUUGUUGUUUUCCACUGUCUGAAUGAACUCAACGAUCAUUCUCUCAUUACUGAAAUACAAAACUACCUGAACGCUGGAGAAAUAAAAACAGACACUUUGUCCCCACACAACUGGUUGGCUCUGGUUUACAUUUUAAUGACAUCAAAUGAGAAGUUUGAGGAGUUUCAACUUCAAAAAUAUGGACGACUGGACGUUGCCUUGCUCUGGCUUCUGCCUGUGAUCAAGCUUUCAAAAAGGAUUUUGUUGAAUGACUGUAAUAUCACAUAUAAAGGCUGUGCAAUAUUGUCUAUGGUUCUUUCAUCCGAAUCCAAUGUGAGAGAGCUGGACCUGAGCAACAACAACCUGCAGGACUCAGGAGUAGAAAUACUCUGUAUCGGCCUGAAGAAAUCGGCCAACGCAAAACAACUGCUAAAAGAAGGGUUUGAAAAGAAGAACAUUGAUCUAGCCUUAUUGCUUAAGCAGAACACAAGCUUUGAAGAUUAUGUAUGUCGCACUGCUGGAUUACAGGACACAGAGUGUAGAUUGGAGUCUCUGAACCUGACCAACUGUGGAGUAACAGAAGAGGGUUGUGUUUUUCUGAGCAAAGCUCUGAUUUUAAAUGGUACCUAUCUGAAAGUGCUGGACCUGAGCUGUAACGCCAUUGGAAACUCUGGUGUGAAACACCUUUGUGCUGCUCUGGAGAACGUUCACUGUGCACUAGAAACAAUGAUAUUGGCCAAAUGUGGAUUGACAGAGGAAAGUUGUGCUGCUCUGGCUUCAGCCCUCAGCUCAAAAACCAAUCUGACAAAUCUGGAUCUGAGUAUUAAUGAUCUACAAGACUCAGGCAUGAGGAAGCUCUGUGUGGGACUGCAGAAUCCUCACUGUAAACUACAGAAGCUGAGGUUGUCCAACUGUAAUGUAACUCACGAAGAACUGAGGGCGCUGACUGAAGCUCUGAAAUCAAAUCCAUCAAAACUGAAAGAGCUCGAUCUUCUCGUGAACAAUCUGUAGGAGUCAGACUUGAACAUGAUACUGGACAAAUCAUCAGACAAUGAAAAGAAACAUCUAGCAAGUCCAGAUAACAACACUUUGUGUGUGAAUUAAGACACACAGUAACACUGUUUAAUUAAAAAAAACAUGUAAAGAACUCCAUUAAUUGUGUAAAUAUGAGUUGCACAAAAAUAAAAAUGCUGUAAAAAACUUAAUUACUCAUACACCAUUAUUGUAAUGCCAAGCUGAAAAUCCACGAAGCAAGAGAAGUCAAAGCUGGCAAUAAGGCUUAUCAGAAAAGUAAUUCCAGACAGUGUGUGUAAAUGAAUGCAAAUGAUCUAAAUUUAGAAUGUAACAUAUAGUAAUGUAACCAGCUUACUCACCCGUGUUUUCUCUUCUUGUUCAGUGCGGAGUUUCUCCAUUUGUUUAAAUGCUACCACUAUACUUGCUUAACAGGAGACAUCAAUCUGUUAUUUUUUACCAUCUGUGAAAAUAAACGUGACUAUUUGUAUUAUC